AUGGUCCAACUGCCUUCUGUGACCAUAUCACCUGCACGAGCUUGUCUCCAUACGGGAGUAGACUAUGCCCGUCCCUUCCCCAUUACCAAAUGGCGACUCACAAAUGCCCAACCAUCUAUUGUUCAUAUCGCAGUAUUUGUGUGGUUCAGUACAUCAGCAGUCCAUUUAGAGCUCGUUUCUAGACAAACAACAGAGGCUUUCAUCGGAGCUUAUAAGAGAUUCACCGGAAGGAGAAGUAUCCCCGUGGUUAGGUACAGUGACAACGCUACUACGUUCGUUGGAGUCUCAGGAGUACUCAACAAGCUUUACAAUCAAGAGUCCAGAGAGAAUCAACAGAUUCAAGCUGCCCUCGCCACAAAUGGGACUCAACGGAGCUUCUCUCCACCAAGAGCACCCCAUUUCGGAGGCAAGUGGGAAGCAGCUGUUAAAUUUACCAAGUAUCACCUCAAAAGAGUACUUGGGCCGUCGAUAUUUACCUACAAGGAACUCAACAGUAUCCUGAUCCAGAUAGAGACCUGCUUAAACUCCAGGCCAAUCACGCCAAUGUCAGAUGACCCAGAUGACCUAGCACUCACCCCAGGUCAUUACCUAAUUGGUGAGCCUCUACAGCUGAUUCCAGAACCAGCAAUCAUCAAUGAGAACCCCAGCAAACUGCAGAAAUGGAAUCUAGUCGCUCAGAAAAUUCAACAGUUCUGGCCCAGAGAGUCUCUCCAAAGGUAUCAAGCUAUCUACAAGUGGAAUCAACGACAAGAAAAUAUCAAAGUUGGGGACAUGGUCCUGAUGGUCGACGAGGAAUAUCCACCAGCAAAAUGGCCACUCGUUAAAAUAGUAGCCGUUCACCCAUGA